GGAACCAUAAGGCUGGCCAAUCGUGAUACACUCAAUCAACUUGACAUUGACUUCUCCGCAAUUCUGCCCACGCUCUACUCCGCCGACAACAUUCAUAUGCCCGCCAUGUAACAAUACUCAGUUUCUCUAUCACUUGCUCUUCUCUGUCUCUGUCCAAGCUCUCGGCGCCGCUGAACACUAUGGGUUCUAUCGGUCCUCCCGCGAACCUUCCGCAGUUUUUGAUCAUCGGGGCUGGAUCUCGAGGACAUGCAUAUGCCCGCGCAGUCGAAGCCUCCACAUCCGGACGUGUUGCAGCUGUCGCUGACAUUGAUCCUUUCAAACGGCAAGAGUUCGGCAAGAGGUAUAUAUGGGGAAGGGAAGGCACUCCUGCAGAGCACGAGUGUUUCAACGGGUGGGAAGAGUGGGUGAAUUGGGAGUCACAACGGAGACAGAAUGUCGACAAGGCAGGAGGCUCUGAGCCUGGAUACAUUCCCAUAACGGGCAUCUUCAUCUGCACAUUGGACGAGACACACGCCCCGAUCAUCAGAGCCAUUGCCCCUCUCAACCUUCACAUCCUGUGCGAGAAGCCUCUGGCGUUGUUCUUGUCAGACUGUGUGUCCAUCUCCUCAUCCUUGUCGCAAUACCCGCGAAAGGUGUUCUCUAUCGGCCACGUUCUACGAUACUCACCGCAUAACAUCCUCUUGCGCAAGCUCUUGACGUCGGACCAAAUCAUUGGGGAAGUUGUUUCAAUUGAGCACACAGAGCCCAUUGGAUGGUGGCACUUCUCCCAUUCCUACGUGCGCGGAAACUGGCGGAGGUCAACACCAGAAGGCGUUGGCUCUUUGCUAACGAAGUCAUGUCAUGAUAUUGAUUUCCUACUGUGGCUUCUGUGUUCACCAAGUCCCUUGAAUGGGGACAGACCCCAUCUUCCAUCAACUGUUUCAAGCACUGGAGCCAUAACACACUUUCGACGAGCAAGGAAACCCAAGGCCGCAGGUACGGCGACGAACUGCCUAUCUUGCUCCGCGGAGCCAGUUUGCAAUUACUCGGCAAAGAAGAUCUACCGUGACUGCUGGCUCCGCAAGGAGAAGGACACUGGCUGGCCACUCAAGAUCGUUGUUCCAGAGAUUGAAGAUAUUGUAGCAGGACAAGGAUGGGACGCGGCGGAGAAGAGGUUGAUGGAUAAACUUUCCGAAGACUACGACAGGCGAACUACUCCUGAUGAUGAAGUAGCGAGCAGGGGCUGGUAUGGCCGCUGUGUCUUCGAUUCAGACAACGAUGUCGUAGAUGAUCAAACAGUCACGAUGGAGUGGGAUGACGAGCCUCUUCCCAGUCAGGAAAUUGGUCGUGGACCCAAAAGAGCCCUGUUCCACAUGACAUACCCUACUCAAGCACAAUGUGAGCGGCGGGGCUGGAUAUAUGGUACUGAGGGAGAGAUACAUUACGACUCUCACACGAUCAGUGUGCAUACCUUUGCCACGGGCAAAACAAUCGCCCACGACAUCCCCAAGCAAGCACCCGAAGUCGAAAAAAGCCAUGGUGGUGGCGAUUGGGGUCUUGCAGGUGCCUUCGUCCAAGCCGUGCAAAGCGUCGACGAAGGGACCAUGGACGUUGCGGAAGCGCAGAGGCAAUUUGUGGGAGACGACUUGGAAGAGAUCAUAUUGAGCCAUGCCGUUGUCUUCGCCGCUGAAGAAGCUAGACGCGAGAAGAAGGUUGUCCAUUGGGCAGACUGGUGGGUCAGGAAUGGAACAGCCACUGCCUGAAGUGGUUUCCCUUGUACUGGAGAGCCCUCAUCAUAAUGACGAACGCUUACGAUUGCACGAUUAACGACGAAUAUCUGGAAAUGCAGCGAUUGUUUUGGCCUAUACAGCGGUUUCCGCACAAUAAUUAUUCUAGAAGAAUGAAAUGUCUGAACACACCCAGCCUGGAGGGCCGGCUCAAUUUGCUUCAACUGGACCUAGAUGGCAUACCCGAUAUGUUGCUGGGACCGCAGAUGGCACAUUCCAAUGCAGUUCUGGUUUCCCUUUUGAGUCAUGUCCACAAUGGCAUGUGCGAACGUCCAAAGCCUUAUACCCAACGAGCCUGUUCUCAGUGGCUGCUGAUGAUCUUUUCCAAACUGCGGGUGUGGGCGACAGCAGACAUCACUGUCAUCACUCACCUAGGAACAAUUCCUCCAAGACAUCAGCCAACAUGAUAUCUAGCCGAAUAGCCGCUUGGUACUUGGU